AUGGACGGCUCCUCGGCGCCGCCUCCCGCCAGGAAGCCGCCACCGCUGCAAGCGCAUGAGGCAGACUCUGCCGCCAAGGCAGAUACGAAAGAGCUCGCUUCUCCAUCUAGAACCAAGAGUAGACCAGCUAGAAAGGAGGAGAGCUCAGUCUCCAAUGGGGAGCAGCAAUUGGCAGCCAGCUCUAGAACAGAUGGCUUGCAGCAGGAAAGGAGCUCAAAGCUGGGAAGUCCUAGAGCUGGCCCGUCACCGGCGUUCCAUGCCGCCAGGUUUGCAACCAUCAAGCUCGGGGCCUUGCAGAAUGGUGGGACAAAGGCACCGAGCAGUCCGGAAGCAAAGAAGGAUCAUUCAACACAUGAGGAUCCACCACAUAAUGAUGAUGAAGCGGUGUUUGCCCACCGGAGGUUGCCAGUGCCUGCUCUCAGCGCCCAUCCAGACCCCCCCUCAAGAGUGGCAAGUGGGAAUGCUUCCCCGCGCAAGCCUGCUAAGUUGUACAGCACAAAUGCAAGGCCGGAUGCAGAGCAGGGAGCCAUGCCGGACGCAGCUACCACUAGCGGCCGGGCUCGGAGCGCCUCCAUAGGUGAGGCCCACGAAGGAUUUUUUUUUGCAAAGGUCGGUGUGCACCAGGCGGGGGGGUUUGACGAAAAGAGGCCAGCACCAAGCCCAGGAUCUGGGCAGCUUGAGUCACCAAGUAAACGGCGGGCCAAAGUGAUAGAACCACUGGGGGGGGAGAUAGUGGAAGGGUGGUCAGACACCGUGGGUAGCGGUGAGGGGCUGAGCCCAAAGCGGGCGCCAUCAAGAUCUCCAAAACGGGUAGAAAGCUCUCCUUUGGAUGGGUUGGUGGUUCCGAGGGUAAGAGCGGGUUCCGCAGGUGGCGCAGGUGCCCCAAAUGGCAUUGCGGCAGUUACGGCGGGGCUGCGGGUUUUGCGCAACAUGCGGCGGGGAGCGUCGCCGAGGAAAGAGGCGCCGGCGGAAGGGCAAAUCCUGAAUGAGGCGCUUUCUGAGCAGCAGGAGCGCAGGACGGCAUUGGGUGCGGCAAGUCAGCAUGUACGCUCUGGGGAAGAUCCUGCGGCAACGGGGAGGACCGAUAUCUUGGCGGGGGUGGUAGCAUUGGAAGAGGUCAGCGCAAAGGAGUCAGUACCCAUCAGGGUGGAAAGUGCCAAAAGGGCACAUGGCGACCAAAGUAGAGAGGGUGCUCCGUCGGCCGGGAGCACCACUUCAGUGUCUUCAUCACACGCUGGCGCUAGCUCUUCUGCUGCGGCACAAAGAAAUGCGCCCCCCUCAGCAGCCCUCGUACUAAAAGAGGCACCUAAGAUUGCACCAGCAAAGACUCUUGGUCAUGCAGACGGUGUGCCUCCCAAAACACCGCACCCCAUUGUUCCUCAAAAACCAGCCUUAAACCUACGAGGAGGCCGGAUUGAUGCAGACCCUUCUCAAGCACCGCCAAAGCAUUCUUCCGAAACUCCACACGUUGCCCCUCCCUCCUCCGCCACUUCUAGAGCCAGUACAUCACCCCAGCAAGCAGCAAGUGCCGCAAUCCAGGUACAAAGGUCGGGCGACUCUUUCAGCCUUUGGGCUCAGCCCCCCGCCAUCCCCAGCAGUCCCCCCCUUUCCCGCGGAAACUCCCGUCCCCGUUCCCCGCAACUGUCACGGCUGUCGAGCAAGAACCUUUCGGACUCUGCCGGGAGUCCACCUCACUCCCAACUUACGGCAACGUCAAACGGAGUGGGCCCAUCCGAUGCGGCCCCUGUUCGUAGCAGCAGGCAAUCGGGGCCGUCGGGCCGAGGCUUAGAGCAGGAGCCAGGCUUGCUGCCGAUCGCUUCGCCUGAGAUGCCGAAGUUCCAUCUUCCGAGGGUGCGGGUACACGCACCCGGGAAGGUGAAGAAAGACACGUCAGCAUCAGAAGCCAAGACACAAGACGCGAGUCAAGGUGAGGACUCGUCGACCGGGCAGUUCCAGCGGGUCUCGAGCGGGAAGCGCGCGCCGCGGCGGAGCUCGUUCGCGUUCAACCCCAGCGGCAAUUUUCCCGGGAUUACGGAUAGCAUGGAGAUCGGAGUGGAGGUCACGUCGCAGAACCAGAGCGGGGUGUUCACAUUCGAGCCGCAGCGUCGGCCGUCCGAUUCGGACGCUUACACUUUAGACCGGGGGAGCAGCGGACGAUCUGAGGGGAUGCCUGGGGACGUCCCCACGGUUUCCGGCACAAAGCCAGGCCGGUCGGCAUUUCGGCGAAGGUCCGACCGGGCCAGCGAUGCGUCGCAAGAUGAACGGUCGGAAAGGACCGUGCGGUUCAGUCAAGACAGCGACGGGGGAGAAGGCACCGCGCAGGCCACGCCGCGGACGGCGCAGCUGCUGGCGCGGUACCACCAGAAGCCGGCAACGAGGAACUUCGCGAUGCAGACGGAGGACUUCAGCAAGAGCCUGUUCUUCCUGGAGGCGACCAACCCGUUCCGCAUGCUCUGCCGGCGCGUGGUGGAGCACCGGUUCUUCAGCCACGUGAUGCUGGUGUGCAUUUUGGGCAGCUGCGUCGACAUGGCCACAUACAGCCCCACGCAGGCGGAGACGUCGCACCGAAACAUGCUCGUGCGCCGCAUCGACAUCGGCUUCAUUGCCGUCUUCUUCCUCGAAAUGGGCCUCAAGAUCGUCGCAUACGGCUUCCUUCUCAACCCGACGGCGUACCUGCGGUCCCCUCUCAACGUGCUGGACUUCAUUCUCACAUGGGCCAGCUUGGUCGUGCUGCUCCCGACCGGCGGCCGCGCCCUACCGCUCGGCUUCCUGCGCGUGCUGCGCGUUGUGCGCGUGCUGCGGCCGCUGCGCACCGUGAGCGCGUCCCCCACCAUGCGCGUGCUGGUGGGGACAGUCUUCAGCUCCCUGCCGCGCCUCGGGAACGUCUCGCUCCUCCUCUGCUUCUUCCUCACCUUCUUCGGCAUCAUGGGCGUGCAGCUUUUCGGGGGAUCCCUCGACCGCCAGUGCGUGGACGCCUCAGGGGCUUUCACCGACGGCCGGCGGUGCAGCGGCCAGGACAAGCCCUGGGCGCACAUGUGUCCCCCGGGCACCUCCUGCGAGCACACUGGCCACUGGCCCUGCGAAAACCUGACGUCAUUCUCGAACCUGCCGCGCGCGGCGAUUGUCCUGUUCGAGGCGAUCUCGCUCGAGGGCUGGUCCGAUAACAUGUACGCAACAGUGGAGGCGGAGGGCGUCUGGGCGGUGUUCUACUGGAUUACCGUGGUGGUCUUUGGUGCUUUCGCUAUCAUGAACUUGGCCCUUGCCGUUGUGUACGACAACUUCAAGAAGCGGAAGCAAGAGGAACACGUCAAGGCGGAAAACAUGAGGCGGAUGCGCAUCGAAACACGGGCCCUCAACAGCACGCCCCGGCAUCCCCCGAGGAGUCCCUUGUGGAACGCGCUGCGCUCGCCCAAGCAGGCCUUCGACAGCUUUCGACAGCGCUUUCGAAAGUCUAGCCAAAAGUCCUUGUCGUCGAAGUCGAUUGCAAACGCGCACGACCAACUUGCUCCCGGGACCCCCUCCUACUCCUCCCACUUCCGGCAAACGGACGAACUAGAGGAGACCGAAACAAUCGAGGAGCGAGUGUCGUGGAAGCAUCGGAUCCGGCACCGGCUGUUCUUGGUGCGGAGAAAGUGGCGGAGAAUGCGGAGGGAUUUGCGGGUGACGUUAGCGCGGCCGCGAGUCGACAUCGGCUUCAUUCUGGUGGUGGUUUUCAAUCUGCUGGUGCUCGCGCUGCGCUACGAGGGCGCGCCGCGCAAGCUGCGAAGCGCGAUCAACGGAGUUGACCUCGCGUGCACGAUCGUGUUCCUGCUGGAGACCAGCCUGCGCGCGCUCGCGCACGGCCCGGUGCCCUUCUGCCGCGACCCGUUCACCGCCUUCGACGGCGCGAUGUUCGUCAUGGCGCUCGUCGACUUCGGCACGAGCGGCCGCGUCAUCCACAACGUGGCGUCCAUGCGCACGUUCCGCGUUUUGCGGGUCUUCCAGCUGGCGGGCCAGUGGCCGUCGCUGGCCAUCUUCCUGUCGUCCGUCUUCAGCGCGCUGCGCGCGGUGCGCCCGUUCGCGUUCCUGCUGCUGCUCUUCAUCCUAGUUAGCGCGCUGCUGGGGAUGCAGAUCCUGGCGGGCAAGCUCAGCUUCCCGGACGGCGAGCCGCGCUCCAAUUACGACAACUUCUUCUGGGCAUGCCUUACCACCUUCCAGGUGAUUGCAAACUACAACUGGAACGACGUGCUUGCGUCCGCGGUCCGCGGCAUCGGCUGGUGGGCGGCGCCCUACGUCAUCUUCGUACACGUGGCCGGCGGAACGAUCCUGCUGAACCUGCUGCUGGCCAUUCUUAUCGAGUCGUUCGAGGAGAACACCCAGCGGGAGCAGCUCCUCAGCGGAGAGCUUCGGAAGAAGUUUCUCUCCGCGGGCAUGGCCCUCAAGCAGAAGAUGGCGCGCUUUCGCGCGCGCGCGCACAAGAUGCGCUCCACUAACAACCUCCUCCGCGGCAAGAGCGCCGACGUGAGCGAGCCGAUCUCCCCCAAAACCCUCGCGACCAUGUUGUCUCCGCGCGCGUUUCUGCGGCGCAUCCGCGACCAGAGCGCGCACAAGCCGGCCGCGGCUGACGCGGCUCGUGACCUUCUUUCGCCACCCGAGCCCCCAAGUCCGACGUCAGCAGCGGCUAAAGACGCGAAAUCAAAAGUCAAGAAUGAGAUGCAGCUAGCGUUCCCGUUGUCGGCUUCGCUCCGUGGCCUCCCCAUCGACCCUGAAGUGUUCGAUUCCGCCGGAAGCACCCCCCUAAACACCGGACUGAAUUCUCUGGCCGCCACCCCUCCCAUCAGCCCCCAAGCCAGCGCCCGGUUUGACCCGGGGGACUUGGCUAGAAUCAUAAAAGAAGGUAAAAGCGAGCGGAAAGGAAAUCACACGCGGUUCCGGCCGGAAGACAAGAGCGCGCUCGCGAACGCUUUGCCGCAGCUCGCGGCCGGCCACGAGCGGCGCAAGUCAAGGAUGACGUCAUCGCAGGAAGGCAUGACGUCGUCAUCGGCGGCCGCGCUCGCCGCGUGCGCCAAGCUGGGCAUCGACCUGGCGAAGCCCAUGGACCUCAGCGCCACGUGGCGAGCGGGGAGCCGCUUGAAGGGGCGAAAGGGGGGGCCCGGGUUUUCAACCGAGGGGCAAAACGGGGUCGACUCGCUCUCCCCCCGUGCUGCGUCGUCUCUUUUGACGGGGCAGUCUGACAGCGCCCUUGACCUGGACGCCGAAAGUUUCCCCAACUCCUCUCGGGUGACGCCGCAAUCAGACGAGCCCGCGUCAUCAUCGGGCUCGGGAGAUCUUCCCGAGGAUCCCCCCAGUUCCGCCGUUCCGAGGGGCCUUCGGGGACGGAAGCAGCGGACGGCUCGGUUCGUAGCGGGACUUAACACUGUUUCCUUUCAGAAGGUGGUGUCACCGCCCCCGUCAGGCGAAGUGUCAAAAAUGGAAAUAUUGCCGGUUCCCAACCUGCCCCGACUGCACAUGCCGGGAGCGAAGGUGACGUCAGCCGACGGGAAGGGCGCGCGCGCGCUGCAGCGGAGCGCGUCUUCGCCGCACAUCAUGCUCCGCCCGGCGAAGGGAGGCCACACAAAGGCGACGGAGAAGCGGAGGCUGACUCGGAGGCUGAGCAUCACCGCUCUCAUGAAACCGAAAGUGCAGUGGAAGAGUCUGAUCCGUCUGAUCGAUCAGCGGCCGCUGAAGAAACCGUCGCUCGCGCGCCACCUGUCGUUCGCCCACAUCCCUUCUUUACACCUGCGCUCGGACCCCAUCACGAUCCUGGCCAGAAAGGCGACACGUGGCAGGGAGAAGGGCCCUCUCCGCAGGGGGUCGAGCAAAGCCUUCUUCCUACUCAAGGACCAGCACCCCCUCCGGAUAAAGAUUCACCAGCUCAUUGUAGAUAAGCGGUUCACGAGGCUGGUGCCAGCUGUCGUGGUUGUGAGCACUUUCAUCCUGAUGGCUGACCGGCCGACCAUGCGCGAGGGCGGCCGCGAGUGGAGGGCGAUCGUUCUGAUGGACGCUGUGUUUGCGGCGCUUUUCACGACCGAGGUGCUGCUCAAGAUGACGGCGUUGGGCGUCCUCUUUGAGCCGGGUGCGUAUCUGAGGGAUCCCUGGAACGUUCUGGACGCGCUUUGUACGUUGACCACUCUCAUCAGCGUCGCGGCGAAGAACCGGUGGCCGCUGCUGCACGUCUUCCGAGUCUUCCGGGCGCUGAGGCUGGCGCAGACCGCCCCGGGGCUCAGGAUGGUGGCCGCGGCCCUGCUGGGCGCGUUCCGCGCGAGCACGAGCGUGGUAAUGAUUGGCGCCGUCAUCUUUUUGGUGUUCGCCACGCUGGGGGUCCAGAUCUUCGGCGGCGCCUUUUCCAUGUGCACCGACCCGGACGUCCAACUGCGCGCGGACUGCGCGGGCGUGGACGCGUACAAUAAAACGCGCGAGUGGGUCAAUUCGGUGCCCUACACGUUUGACAACCUGGGCGCUUCUGCUUUGACUCUUUUCGAGCUGAGCACGACGGAGAAUGCCAACUACCUGAUGUACCCGGGAAUGGACAGCGUGGCCAUCGACCACGCGCCGAUCCUCAACUACCGGCCCUACGCGUCGCUCUUCUUUAUCGCAUUCAUCGCCAUCGGCUCGCUCUUCCUCAUCAACCUCUUCGUAGGUAUCGUCAUCGAGAGCUUCGGCAACAUUAAGAAGGACAAAGAGAUCGAGGGCCUCACCCCCAUGCAGCAAGAGUGGGUCGAGACCCAAAAGGCCAUCGAGAAAAUGCGCUCGCACGCCGCGCUGCGCCCGCCCGCGAAGCGCUCCCCCGCGCGCGCGCUGCGCGCGUCCUUCUUCAACCUGGUCCAGCACCCGUACUUCGACCGCGCGUUCGCGGCCGCGAUUGCGCUGAACCUGGUCAUCCUGUGCACGCAAGAGGUGCCCCCCGGCGCGCGCACGCGCGCGCUCGCGCGGUACUCCGGCUGGAUCUUCGCGGGGGUGUUCUCGGCGGAGGUCGCCGCGAAACUGCUCGGGUUGGGCGUCCGCCAGUUUUUCCAGCACCGGUGGAACUUAUUUGACCUGGUGAUUCUAGUCAUGACCUUCACCGGGGAGGCCAUGGGCGCGCGGCCGGGCGCGCCGCUCGUGCGGUGCUUCCGGGUGCUCAGAAUGCUCAAGCUGGCCAGGCAAGCCGCCGCGAGACGAUUCAAUUUGACGCACCACGGGUUGAACAAGCUGCUCAAGUCGCUGGUGUCCGCGCUGCCCAACCUGUACUCCGUCGGCAGCCUGCUCCUGCUCCAGCUGUACAUCUUCGCCAUCUUCGGCGUUGCGCUCUUCGGCCACGUGCCGCCCGACGGGCCGCUGGAGUCCAUGACGUCACUCAUCAACUUCACGACGUUCCCGUACAGCCUGCUGGUGAUGUUCAAGAUGCUGACGGGCGAGAACUGGAACUUCAUCAUGCACGACUGCAUGGUCGUCACGUGGCUGGCCGUGCCGUUCUUCGUGACGUUCGUGGUGCUGGGCCAGUUCGUGCUGCUCAACCUAGUGAUCGCCAUCAUCAUCGAGGCCUUCAGCGAGGUCGAGGACGAGGACUCCCGGGUGGUGAACACUGUGGUCCUCCGCAAGUUCGACGCGGUGUGGACGCGGCACGACCCGACCGCGACCGGUUGGAUCACCCCCGAGCAGUUGUACCUGCUGCUGACGGACCUGGGGGAACCCCUCGGGGUGAAACGCGCGGACGAGAACGCGCUGCGCCCGAGCCCGAGCGCGGUCCUGCCGCUCGCGAGCAAAAUGAACAUUCCCAUCUUCAGCCGCGGGGUGCCGUACGAUCUGGUGCUGCAUUCGCUGGUGACGAUCGCGUUUGUGGCGGCGAACAGCAAGAGGCUGGGGGCCAGCAUUUUCAACACGCAGUGGUGCGAGUACCAAGCGGAGAAGCGUCUGCGCCGUCUGUUGCACAACAAGCUGCAGUCCCCACGGCGCAAGUUCUUCAACGCGCUGCCCAAAAGGCUGCAGGCGCUGGAGAAGAAGAAGAACCAUGACCCGGCCAAGAUCAUGAAGACCAUGUCCGUCUCCAAGGCCAUUGCGGCCAUGACCAUCCAGGCCCAUGCUCGGGGGAUUGUGACCCGCAUCCGGCUGCGCAAGCAGGGGUUGAUGCCCCUCACCCCGAUGAACUCCCCCAUGCUCCGGGCCGAAAAUGACGUCUCGGCCGGGGCUUUUGGCCGCUCACUCCGUCCGGGGGGCAUCCAGACCGCGCUCAGUGCCCCCCCGAAACAGCUGGGCGCGUCGGCGUUCCUGAUGAGCAGCGUGUCGUCGGUCGCGCGCGGCGGGCCCGCGCGCGCGCAGAGCGAGGCGUCGGGGCUGCUGAAAAGCUUGCGAAGCUCUGCGGAACUGCUCCCGGGGGAAAGACCCGCCCGGGGGCUCGCCCGGGGGACGAGCGACGUGGCCGGAUUACUGGAACGAACCAGCGGCGAUUUAGGAAGGUCGCGGACUGUCCAUUUUGCGGUUGGGCAUCCGCCGGGCGUAAAUCCGAGUCCCGAGGAAGGAUCGCCCCGAAACAAACCGGGUGAAACUACCGAAUCGAUGGACUCGGUUUGGAAGCGGCUGAAUCAUUCUUUGCCCCCGGGGGGGAAUUAUGUCCGGAGGGUGAGCGGUCGGCAGAGACGCGUGUCGUUUGAGGAGCCGGAAGACGAGAAGGCGGAAAUUUCCGACGACAGAAUCGUUGCGGUUGAAGAGGCGGAGGGGUUCGUGUUUGAUGCCCACGCAUCUCAUGCGCGCUAG